UUUUGCCAGUGCGCACCACGGCAUCGCCUCUCCUCCAGUCUUUACCGGCUGUUGCUGUGCCCGGAGCACCUGCAGGCUCUGAGACAGACAGAAAAAAAGACAGUCAGGGAAAAGAAGGCUGAAGACUGCACCGACACUAUAGUCUGAGGGGACAUUUGGGAACCAGAGGAAGGAGAAGGGGGCCGGCGGGAGGAGGAGCGCACCAUGGCCUGUAAGGAAGCCACAGCGGCGGGCUUCGUCAGCAGGGAAAUCACAGAGAGCAUCAGGAAGGUGCUGGACAAGCAGGCCAUUAAAUUUGUGCGAGCCAUCAAGCAGGACACUAGGAACGGCAAAUCAGAGGACAGGAUUUUGGUCCUGGCAACAUGGAGACUGUAUCUCUUUGCUGUCAAAGUGCCCACCAAGAUGGAGGUCACCUUCAACUUCUUGGAAAUCCGGGCAAUGAACACUUAUCCAGAACACCAGGUUGUUAUCGAUACAGACAAGACCACCUACUCUCUGAGACUGCAAAGCCAGGACCAACUGGAUCACAUGGUCAACCAUAUCAACUACGCUCUGUCCCGAGUCUUCAACAAUUCCAUUUAUGCUCCUCCUAUCUGUCGAGCCGAGGGUGAUCUAGCCGAUGGUAAUCAGAAGUUUUCACCAAAUUCUGAAUCAUCACUGGAUCACCAGAAAACCUGUGGAGGUUUUUCUGAGACGUAUGCAGCUCUUUGCGACUAUAACGGAAUUGGCUGCAAAGAAGAAGUGCAGUGGGAUGUUGAUACCAUCUACCACUCUCAAGACAACAGAGAGUUUAACUUAUUGGAUUUCAGCCAUCUUGACAGCAGGGACUUGGCGGUUAUUGUGGCAUCCAUUGCAUACAACACCUGGUUCACCAAGCUGUACUGCAAAGACAUGCGAAUAGGGUCAGAGGUGGUGGACCAGGUUCUGCACACAGUCAGCAAGUCCAACAGUCUGGAGGAGCUCACUCUGGAGAACGCAGGCCUCAAAUCGGAUUUUCCACAGAAGAUGGCAUCGGCCCUGUCAGAGAACCCAGCUUCUGUGAUUCACUCUCUGAACCUGGCUCAUAACACAUUAGACAACCAAGGUGUCUCCAACCUGAUUCAACAAGUGUGUCGCCUCAACAAAGGUCUACGCCUCCUCAACCUCUCCAAGACCUCCCUCUCCUCUAAGGGUGUAGUUUCUCUGUCCCAGGCUCUGUGUUCAAGUGACGACUACUCAAACUCUCUGCUGCAUCUGGACCUCAGCAAAAACCCAGGGGUUCUGUCUGGAGAGGAUGCCACGAACCUUUACUUGUUCCUGGCCCAACCCAACUGCCUGGUACAUUUGGACCUGUCUGGGACAGACUGCACCGUGGACUCGUUGUUUGGGGCUUUGCUGCGAGGCUGCUGCGCUGACCUUUCCUACCUGAACCUAUCCAAGAACUCCUUCUCUCACAGGAAAGCAAGAGAUUCUCUGCCAACUUUCCGCCAGUUCUUCAGCUCAGCAUUCAGCCUGACCCAUGUCAGCUUGGCUUCAAUGAAGGUCCCUCCUGAUUCACUGAGGGCUUUGUUCCUAGGUCUGUCCAAUAACCCUCAUAUCACUGAUUUACACCUGGACAUCAGCAGCUGUGAGUUGAGGUCAGCAGGUGCCGGGGUGAUCCAGGAGCUGUUUCCUCGAGUUUCAUGUGUGGGGACUUUAGACAUCUCUGAUAAUGGUCUGGAUGCUGAUUUGUUGGCCGUCAUCCCAGCAUUCUCCCGGCACCCAUCCCUCAAACACCUGAUGCUCGGGAAGAACUUUAACAUCAAGGGCAGGGUGUUGGAUGAAAUUCUGCAGAAACUAGUUCAUUUGGUGCAAGAGGAAGAGUGUGCCCUCCAGUCCCUGUCCCUGGCUGACUCUAGGCUUCGUCAGCGGGGCACAGUGCUGGUCAAUGCCCUCGGCUCUAAUGCGUGUCUACGAAAAGUGGACCUGAGUGGCAACAGCUUGGAGGACGCUGGGGCUAAGAUGCUCAGCAAAGCCCUGCAGAUCAACACGACACUCAGGAGUGUGACGUGGGAUCGCAACAACACCACGGCGACAGGCUUCCAAGACGUGGCGAGAGCGCUGGAGCAUAACUUCACCUUGCAGUACAUGCCCCUCCCCCUCGGUGACAUCAGUCAGGCGUACCGCAGCGCGCCAGAGAAGACCGAACAAGCUCUGACCAAGAUCCAGCGUGCUCUGCUUAGGAACAAUCAAACUCAGCGUUUCUCUCAGAAACAGGCUCUGAGGCUGCACCAGGGCCUCGUCACCAGCACAGCAGAACAGGUGAUGGAGCGGCUGUGUGUUCGAGUACAGCAGCAGGUGUGUGUUCUCAAAGGCUGUGAGGAAGGAGAGGACGUCCAGACAGCAAGGCAAAUCCUCAAAGAAGCCAGGAACUCAAGAGCUCUGUAUCCAUCUCUGUGCGAGUUGGCCCAUGUGUUGUCGGUGGACGGCCCCGUCAGACAGCGAUUGGACACUCUGGCUGGAGAACUGGCCAAAGCUGCUGACAAAGAACUGCAGGUUGUCGUGGACUCCAUGGUGUCUCUGUGCCGCGAGUUGUGUCCGAUGUCCUGCUCUGCGGCCGAGAGACUCAACCCGCCUCUCUCGUCCAUCUCCGAGCAAGUUUCGAUCCCUCGGUCGUCAAUCCGCAAUGCCCUGAUGGAGAGAGCAGCCGAGGAUAUCAACAGGGCUCUGGAGGAGGUGAAGUUGUCUGUGGUGUCCUAUCUGACCAAUUCCAUAGUGGAUCAGAUUUUACAGGAGCUCUACACCACUCAUAAAACCCUGGUACUGCUACGGCAGGUGUCUCAGGUGAAACGUUGGGAUGACGCCGGGACGGGAAGGCGCACUAUCAGACAGUCCAGAAUAGUGGAGUCUCUGGACUUUCCUGAUGAGGAUUUGGGAGUCAACCUUGGAAUAGACACCAUUGCCAUUAAGAAACGGAGUUCCAGAACUAGAAGAAUUCGUCCUGUUUCUACUAGACUGAGUUUAGGUGACGAGCCCAGCUCCUCUCCCACCCCCUCUGCACCACCUCACUCUGCCGCUCUUUCCCACUCGGCAUCAUGGGAGUGUCUGUCCACUCUUCCCACCAACGGCUCACCCUUGCGUCACGUGACCCACGUCAGGCCCCGCCCACCACGGAGACACAGGGCAGGACACCUUCCUCCAGAAUCACAUUGCUCCGAGAACGGGGGAGUUAAUAUGCUCGAGGAUGGACUGCCUGAUUUCUACAGCAAGAGAGUUCUACCUGACAGUCAGCUGUCAUCCCUUCAUCACGCCCAGUCACUGAGGAGGAAAAAAAGGCGCAGCGUCUUGUCCAUUUUUUCAGGUUUUCGCAAGAACCGCAACUCCACCAUCUCUAAUCAGGACUCGGACAGCGCAUCGGAGAAUGUUUACUCCAUGAUUCAGCACCCUAAGGACAGUGGAAGGGCAGAUAGCGCUGUUCCCGGAGCCAAUGGGACCAUGCCUUCACCGCGGCCUGCACAGGGCGUACCUGCACAUAGCAUGAGGGCCGCCAGCCCCCCCUGCCUCAUCCAAAGACAGUCCACAGACCUGGUCAGCAUGGUGUAUAGCUGCAUAGGGGCUGAAAUCGAGGACUCUGAUGCCAGCAGCACCGGUGACGUCAAACCUUCAGACCAAGACCUUGACAGAUCGACCACCAUCUCAGAUGCCCCCGCAGAUACUCGGACAAACGGCCACGUGGUGUCCUCCAAACAACAGACGGACAGACAGAUGGAGACAGGCAGGCAGGAGAGGAUCGUACCGCUGACAGAUGCACGGACCGAGAUGGAAGAGGACAGACAGAGCAGCGGCGGCGGAAGCGUGGCCCCCUCUGGGCCAAGGCCAGAGCCCCCUCCACAGAGCACCAAGCCCAGUUUAGCUGUUAUGAGACAGAGACACCUGCAGGAGAGUUUAGAAGAAGCAGGAAGACUGGAAAUAGAAGAGGAGCAGAGUGAAAGAAAGCAGAGGGGCCGUGGACCAGAGGGGCAACAUCCUCUUAUUACCAAUAAGGCCAAUCUGGACCUAUCGAGAGACAAGGCCUCUCCUGAAAAGGUCAAGGUCUCACCGAAAAGCUCACCUGCCAGUCCAGGUGAAGAAGCAAACGGUGACCAGAGGAACUUGGCUCUGACACAACCGAUCAUUCAAGAUGAGGGGACCGCUGAGCGCAAAAGCCCACCAGCAUCUGCCAACGCGGGGUCAGAGGCCGCAGAUCCCGCCACCAGUCCAGAAGAAGAAGGAGACCAUAACGGAUUCCCUGCAUCAUCACAUCACACCAGGAAGUCCAACUCAUUUGAUAUAGGCAUGGAACUGGACAGACCCUACGAUCUGGAGAGGUCCUCAGAUCGCAGAUUCCCUGUGAAAAAGCCCUGUUUCCCCCAGUACAGAAACAAAUCUCUGGACUACCCUGCAGGGACCAGAUGUUAUGAAAGCCCCCAGCUCGGUAACAGAGACGUGUUAUGACAGUAUGAGUGGACCGGGAGACGGGUUCAGGGAAAAGAAGACUUGAACAUGGAGGACUGGAGAGAGACGAGCUUUUAAAACUGUGUGGACUCAACCCGACAAAGAUCCAAAAGCAGCUUUUUUUUCCUUUUUAGUCCAUGGAAAUAUUUGUUGCUGAAAAUGCAUGUACUGUAUGCUUUUUUUUUUGUUUGUCUGUUUUUUGUUUUUUAACCUGUUGCACUUGCUACGUUUUUUUCUCAGGCAUAAGGAACAAUUUAAAUACACCCACAGUAGUUCUGUCUUUCCAGUAUGCUCUUUAUUAUGAACUGUUGUUUUAUGCAUUUGUGCAAAAACCCUUAAUAUCAAAUCUUAUCUCUCCAUCCCCUUCUUGUCUUUUACUGACAAUCUGUGACUACUUCUGUGACUUUCUAAUGUAUUUAUCCUGAUGAGAUGUAAAUAAUGAUUAUAAAACUGCACUAACCAUUGUGGUAACUUUAACAAUCAUGUUUUUAUUUGUGAUAACGUUAUCAUUUGAUAUGUGUUUGUAAGUAUGCUCUUGGUGUAUGCUGAUGACUGAGACGUGUCAAUCACACACUUAGAACUCCCAUCUCUUCAAGAGUAUUUAAUUCAGUCGGUGGACCACUUUUAGUUUUAAUCAGACUUUUGCCGGCUUGAAAAUGAGUAUAUUUUCUAAAAAUGCUUCUCUAAAUCCAAAUAAAUAAAAAUGACUUUACACAAGGAAA